ACUGUGUGUAUUUGUGUGUGUGUGUGUGUGAGAGAGUUUUCGGGGGCGGGGGGCUGUGCCAUCUGCAAGCCCCAGCGCCUGGAUUCGUGAUAUGCACACACAACUUUAGUUUGAUAACAAACCAGGGCAGCGCCGCGAUUCUUUUGAGUUUUUAGGACUCACUCUGAGAACAUACGGUUCUCCACGGAUAUCCCCCCCCCCCCUCUCUCUCUCUUUCCCCUGGACUCUAAACGUCUAGUUCUUCUCCGCUCUGCCCGAAGAGCUCCGGGACAUGUCGAGAGGCGGCUCUUCCUCCACCCGAAGCCUCCCCGAGUCGGGAUCCCGCUGACGCGCAAUGACAUGAAGGAACACUCUGGUGGACGUCUCUGAAGUUGCCUAGAGGGAGGACGACCUCACUGCAUUUUUCCGCUGACCUAGUCUCUAACCUUGCCUGAGGUGACACAGCAGGUUGGCCUGCUGUCGGAAUUUCCUGACUUUUUCUACCUGUGAAAAAAAACAAACAACACACCACCGCCACCAUGCAGACCUCGUCGCUUCGCCGGCAGAUGAAAAACAUGGUCAACAACUACACGGAGGCUGAGAUCAAGGUCCGAGAGGCCACCUCCAACGACCACUGGGGUCCUCCCAGCUCGCUCAUGUCUGAAAUCGCAAGCCUGACCUUCAACGUGGUGGCCUUCACUGAGGUCAUGGGCAUGAUCUGGAGGCGGCUAAACGACCACGGUAAAAACUGGCGCCAUGUUUAUAAGGCACUGACCCUGCUGGACUACCUGAUUAAAACCGGCUCGGAGCGAGUGGCCGUGGAGUGCCGCGAGAACAUAUACACCAUCCACACUCUGAGAGACUUCCAGUACAUUGAUCGGGACGGACGCGACCAGGGCAUCAACGUCCGGGAGAAGGCCAAGCAACUGGUGGCCCUGCUGAGGGACGAGGAGAAGCUGAAUAAGGAAAGAAGCCAGGCGCUGAAGACCAAGACACGCAUAGCAGGUGGCACCAGUAGUUUAAGUUCUGGAUCCUUGCCGCCUCCAUACCCAGGACACCGCAGCAGCCAGGGUGGCUCGUCGGGGGUCCAAGGGGAUGAGUUCCAGAGGUGCAGGGGCUCACCAUCAUCCUUUAACUCUUCCUCUUCCUCUCCUCAACUUGCUCCAGACAUGGAGCAAGCUCGGCCCGUGACCAGUGGAGAAGAGGAGCUGCAGCUGAAGCUGGCCCUGGCUAUGAGCCGAGAAGAAUGUGAAAAGCCCACUCCCCCUGUGGACAUUGAUGAACAGACCCAGCUCCAGAUCGCUAUGAGUCUCAGCAAGGAGGAGUCAAAGCAGCCUGUCCAAUGUGCACCUGUCAACCAGGAUAUGGAUGAGGACACCCAGAUGCAGUUGGCCCUGAGCCUAAGCAAGGAGGAGCACCAGCAGGAACAACUCAGUCGCCAAGGAGACGAGUCGAUGCUCCGGAAAGCUUUGGAGGAGAGCAAACGGCAGAUGGAGUCUAAAGGCGGGACCGCCUUCAUGGACCUAGUAGAUGUUUUCGCGGUGCCCUCAGAUCCGCCUUCUACUGACCAUCGCUGGACCAGUGCCGCACAGCAGGCAGCAACAGCCCGACCGGCGGGCAUGGAUCCCUGGGACUCGCAGCAGCCUAACACCUCGAGAGGAGCUUCUCCGUGGAUGGUACCACUACCCUCCAGCAGCCCUCCCCCACCAUGGGAGCCCCCGGCUGACCCCUGGGAUGGCCCGCCAAACGUCUCCGACCUAACCGCCACAGGCCCUGCAUGGGCCUCACCUGCAAACACAGCCUCCUUGAGAGUUGAUCCAUUUUCAGCCCGAUUAGAGGGAACGGCACUUGAAGGAGCCGUCAGAGACGCUUUUCCCCGAACUGGAAGCCCCUCAGAUGGGGAUCUGUUUGAUGAGGCCAUGGAUGGGGGUCUGAUGAAUGUCAACGGCCGAGGGGAGAGCAGUCCUGAGCUCUUUGACCUGUCACAUCUCGGGGAAAGCCUGGGUGCCCCCAGCCCUCGCACAUGCCGGACACCUGAGUCCUUCCUGGACCCCACAGCAGCAUCCUUGGUGAACCUGGACACCUUGAUUCCAGUAAAUCCCCAAGCCAAGAACCCCUUUUUAUCAGGCCUGAGUGCGGCUUCAGCAAACAAUCCAUUCCAAACCGAGCAGCCCAAAGUAACUCUGAAUCAAAUGGGCUCCGCCUCUUCGGCUCCUCACAGUUCUCUUCCAUACAGUGCCUCCUUGCCUCUGCCCAUGAGCCACCAGCCUGCCAGCCUCCCUUCGUCACUCACUCACCCCACGCAGCCCGGCCUGGUCCUGCCAGGGAACCUCCCUGAGCCCUUGCUGCCCUUCUCUUCCGCCAGCGCUCAGGGAUCGCAGGCUUCACAGAGCAGUCAGAACCCUUUCUUAUGAGGACCAAUUAAACCGGAGAGAAAUUUUAGGAAAAAGGGGAUUGCCGAUUAGGUUUACGCUCUCGAAAUAUCGCUCUAACCGCAGACCAAACUGUAGCCCGGAGGACUUCUAUGAAAACCCUAUUCAAAGUUGUUUUUGUAUUGUGGUAUAAUACAGUCACCCUUCAAUUUAUGCAAAUGGUUCCAAAGAGAGGAAUACAACAGAGAUCUAAUAUAUGAUCAAUUACAUCAUCAAUGGCAAAUGGCCCUUCACUAAAACAGCCCAUCCUGUUUGAUCACAAAUGCUGUAACAGGGUAUAACAGAGAUAACAACUUUGCAACAGGAAAUAUUAGUGUGGUGUCAAACCUCUUUUAGGCCAUAACCUAUUUCAAAAUGAAUACUGAUUCAAACCUACACAAAAGCACAGUUUGAUAUAAUCUUUUUGUCUCUGUACAUCCAUUCAGUCAUAUCUUUUACAGCUUAUAUGAUUGGCUAAGCCUGCCACUGCUGCUGUCAUGUUCUCUGGCCCCUUAGAAAAAUCGAUUUCUAAUAACAUGAAGAGAACAUGUCCAGCCCUUGAAAUGUUACUGCAUUAUUAACAACAGCAUCAUUAUCAACAGUAACCGCAUCAUUAACUGUGGCACUUCUGUCAGACCAGAGUUGAUGGAAAAAGAUCAGAGCAUAUCAAAUUCUACUAUGGUGAAAUGAAUUGUUGGGGUUAAGUGAAUGAAAUUAAUAAUUUAGGAGGACUGUAAAUAUUUCAGAGUAAACUAUAAGCGAGGCAACAUUAGAAGAUAUUUGAAUCAUGACUUUUAUUCAUUGCUUGUGAAGUCUCAGCAAAUAAUAAGGGUAUUAUUACAACACUGCUUAAUUGUUUAGUUGGUUUUAUUGCUUUGCAUUUUCUUAUUUCCCUUGAUAUCAAUACAUUUUGUAUGAAAUCCUCACUACACAAGCACACACCCAUAUCCCGUUUCAAUAUUAGCUUUGCUCCUUGUGCCCCCUGCUGGUAAUAACUCAUUACUACUCUGCUGCGUCCCUUGACAGUAAUUACUCUUUUAACAUUUGCUUUUCACACUUUAACGUUUUUUAAAAAUCUGAAAUACAAGAGGUUACUUUAUUUCAGACAGAGAUCAAUUCUUACUUAGCACUGCAUGAACGUUCCUCUGUUAUAAUGUGACGCAAAUCCUAUGACCACAGUCAUGAAUCCCUGCAAUUCAAUGUUUAUCUGCCAUUCAAUUAGGAACAGUGACCUGUGUAAAUAGCAGCAGGUUCGAUCUACACUCAUUCAUUUAAGAAAACGUUAACAUGACCCUGAUGAAGGCGACAAGCUGAAACACGUCGGUCUAACAAUAAAGUUGUUCUGUAUAAUGAAAGUA